CAGCUGUGCCAUCCCAUGAGCGGCAGCACAGUGUCAUUGCCGUGGGAUGACUUUGGCUGUGCAAUCGGUGACACUGUGCCACCGCCCACCUGUCCUGCUGCCACCACUGCUGUCCCCAGCGCUGGGCAGUGCCCUCGGGACGGGGUGGGGUGGAGGAGGAGCACCUUUGCUGUAUAUCAGCCCUGCACUCAGGGUCACGCUUUCUUUGCUGCUGCCACAUUGCAGGGUCACAGCAUGACGACGUACACAGACAAAGGGGAAAAGCACCAGCGAGGCCGCUUCAUCCACUUCCAUUCCAUCACCUUCUGGGUGGGCAAUGCCAAGCAGGCCGCCUCGUACUACUGCAACAAGCUGGGCUUCGAGGAGCUGGCGUACCGCGGGCUGGAGACCGGCAGCAGGGAGGUGGUGUCACACGUCAUCAAGCAGGACAAGAUCAUUUUUGUCCUCUCGUCGGCGCUCAAUCCGGGCAAUGAAGAGAUGGGUGAGCACAUGGUGAAGCACGGGGAUGGUGUGAAGGACGUGGCCUUUGAGGUGGAGGACUGUGACUUCAUCGUGCAGAAAGCCAAGGAGCGUGGAGCGGUGGUGGUGAAGGAGCCCUGGGUGGAGGAGGACAAGUUUGGGAAGGUGAAGUUCGCUGUCAUCCAGACGUACGGUGACACAACGCACACCUUGGUGGAGAAGAUCAACUACAAAGGGCUCUUCCUGCCUGGGUACCACGCGCCCCUCUUCAGAGACCCACUGCUGCCCAGGCUGCCAAGCGCCAAGCUGAGCUUUGUGGACCAUGUAGUGGGGAACCAACCCGACCUCCAGAUGGUGCCGGUAGCAGACUGGUACCAGAAGAACCUCCUCUUCCACCGCUUCUGGUCGGUGGAUGACAAGCAGCUGCACACCGAGUUCAGCGCCCUGCGCUCCAUCGUGGUCACCAACUAUGAGGAGACCAUCAAGAUGCCCAUCAACGAACCGGCACACGGCAAGAAGAAAUCCCAGAUUCAGGAAUACAUCGAUUACUACGGAGGGGCCGGAGUGCAGCACAUCGCACUCAACACCCCCGACAUCAUCUCGGCGAUCACCAACCUGAAGCAGCGUGGCAUGCAGUUCAUGGACGUGCCAUCCAGCUACUACCAACUGCUGCGGGAGAGGCUGAAAACUGCCAAGAUCAAAGUGAAGGAGAGCAUUGACAAGCUGGAGGAACUGAAAAUCCUGGUGGACUUUGAUGAGAAGGGAUACUUGCUCCAGAUCUUCACCAAACCAGUUCAAGACAGACCCACAGUGUUCCUGGAGGUCAUCCAGCGGCACAACCACCAGGGCUUUGGUGCCGGGAACUUCAAGUCCUUGUUUGAAGCCAUUGAAAUUGACCAGGAUGCACGAGGCAACCUGACUGUCCUGAGCCCCAAAGGAGAGACCAAGCGCAUGUAGAGGCGGUGUGCGGGCUGCCGGUGGCACUGGGCCACGAGGAGCUGAAUCACAAACAAAGUGGGAACUGGCUGUGCUUUGUCAACAGCCCAAACUUACACGUGACAAACAGGAUGUUGCUGCCAAGCUGUGAUGGGCAAGGAAGGACCCAUCACAUGGGGAGGGAACGUGGCCAAUGCCUUCACCCCAGCACAACCCCCUCCAAGCCCCCGAGUCCCAAAUACAGCACAGACUCGUGGCACACAUGCAGGUUCAAUCCUGAGUCAUGAUUUUAGGGCAGCCACAGCGUUCUAGAAUGAGGUGAACAAAGGUAUGGGCUUCAGCUUUCCCACCAGUGUAACGUGGCAUUGCUCUGGGACCUGGCAACUCCUGAACUAACAAAGGCUGGAAUAUCUCCAGAGUGUCUCCACACAUUGCUGGCUUUGUGGCCACUGCCCGCCCCCUGGGUGCUGUCACAGUCCUUGCAUGGGGACUCUCCCCCCCGCCAUAAUAAAUCCAUCUGUCACAGCUGA